ACCAAUCAGGCGGCGGCGCGGAAGCUGUCGACCAAUGAGGAGCGAGGGGAAGGGCGGGGCUUGUCCGCCAUGAACGGAGCGAGCGACGGCGAUGGCGGCGGCUACAAACGGCGCUGCCGGGCCCUCAAACGGCGCCUGAAGCUGCUGCUCUACGAGCAGGAAUGUUUCCAGGAGGAGCUGAGGAGAGCCCAGCGCAAACUGCUGAAAGUCUCGCGGGAUAAAAGUUUCCUCCUGGACCGCCUCCUCCAGUACGAAAACGUCGACGAUGACUCCUCAGACUCGGAGGCGACGGCGUCGUCCGACAACAGCGAUGGGGACGCCCCCAAGGGGGCGGAGCCUCCGCCCGCCAAGCGGUCAGCAAGGGGUAAUGGCGUUCCAUCGUGGAGGCCAAAAUUGAAGAUGGCGGCCAUGAUGGAUGUCAAAUCCAAAAUGGCUGACACCAUGGAGGCCAAAAUCCAAGAUGGCUGCCACAAUGGAUGUAAAAUCCAAAAUGGCGGCCAUCAUGGAAGCCAAAAUUCAAGAUGGCGGCAUCUUGGGUGUCAAAAUCCAAAAUGUCGGCCAUCAUGGAGGCCGCGAUUCAAGAUGGCGGCCAUUAUGGAGGUCAAAAUCCAACAUGGCGGCCAUCUUGGGGGGGUCAAACCCCAAGAUGGCCGCCCCGAGGUGGGCGUGGCCAACGCUCUCCCCUCCCCCGCAGGCGCCAGCUCGCCCUCCCCUCCCCCCCCGGCCUUUGGCCCCGCCCCCUACAUGAUGGCGUCGCCGCCCUACAGCCCCUUCGGGGCGCCGUUCCCCCGCCCCCUCCCCCCGCAGGGCGGGGCCCGGCCGCGCCCCUCCCCCGCCCGGCGCAGCAAAGGGACGCGCAGGGGGCAGCCUCCCCCCGCCCCUCCCCCCCCUGCCCUUCCCGGGGGGCGGGGCGGGGGCGGGGCUGUCGGGGGGGCGUGGCCCCGGCUCUCCCCCUCCCCCCGCCGGCGCUGGCCCCGCCCCCCCGCCCCUCCCCCGCUGCCGCCCUCGCGGCUCCUGAGCGACCCCGGGGAGGGGGGAGGGGAGGGGAGCGACGACGCGCUGGACGGCGACGACGAGCUGGUCAUCGACCUGCCCGAGUGACCAGAGUGACCCCCGAGUGACCACUGAGUGACCACUGAGUGACCACUGACCACUGAGUGACCACCGAGUGACCACUGAGUGGACCACUGAGUGACCACUGACCACUGAGUGACCACUGAGUGACCAUCGACCACCCUGAGCUGGUCAUCGACCUGCCCGAGUGACCACUGAGUGACCACUGACCACUGAGUGACCACUGAGCUGGUCAUCGACCUGCCUGAGUGACCACUGAGUGACCACUGAGUGACCAUCAACCCACCUGAGUGCCCAUCGACCUCCUGAAGUGACCAAGUGACCACUGAGUGACCACUGAGUGACCGCUGGUCAUCAGCAUCCCAGCAUGACCCUUCCCAACUGGUCAUCGAGCUCUUGGGAGUGACCACUGAGUGACCACUGACCACUGAGUGACCACCGAGUGACCACUGAGUGACCACAGUGACCAUCAACCAACCUGAACUGACCAUUGGCCUCCUGAAGUGACCACUGACCACACUGAGUGACCACUGAGUGACCACUGAGUGACCACGGAGUGACCAAUGACCACUGAGUGACCACUGAGUGACCACGGAGUGACCCGCCGAGUGACCGCGGAUCGAGGCAGAACCACCGAAAGAUUUUGGGGGAAAAUUUGAGAAUUUUGCGACGAAAAAAACGACAAAAAAUUGAGGAAAAAAAAUCAAAAUUUGGGGCAAAUUCGGGAGGGGAAAAAUCCGGGAUUUUGAAAAGGGGGGAAAAAUGAAAAUUUGGGGGAAAUUGGAAAUUUUGGGGAAGAAAAAGUGGAAAUUUAGAAAGAAAAAUUGAAUUUUUUAUAGGAAAAAAUUCAAUUUUAGAAGGAAAAAAGUGAAUUUAGAAGGAAAAAAUUGGAUUUUGAAAGGAAAAAAUGGAAUUUUAGAAGAAGAAAAUUGAAUUUUAGAAGAAAAAAAGUGAAUUUUAAAAGGAAAAACUUGAAAUUUAAAAGGAAAAAAAUGAAUUUUAAAAGGAAAAAUUCAAUUUUAGAAGAAAAAAAUUGAAUUUUGAAAGGAAAAAAUUGGAUUUUUUAGAGAAAAAAUCAAUUUGAGAAGGAAAAAAUGGAAUUUUAGAAGGAAAAAUUGAAAUUGUUAGGGGGAAAAAUGGAAUUUUGGGUGGAAAAAAAGGAAUUUUGGUAAAAAAUCCAGUAUUUUUUUGACUAAAAUUCAAAAUUUUUUGGAAAAAUUCAAGGUUUUUUUGGAAAAUGGAUUUUUUUUGGGGAAAAGAGAUUUUAAGGGGGAAAAAGUGGAUUUUAGGCAGGAAAUAAAAAGAUUUUUUUGGAAAAUUUAA